UUUCAUACUACAGGAAUUUCAUCUUGCGACAAUGGCAAGAGCGAAUCAGAAUGCUGAAACGUCUUCAAUAGCCUCAACCGAAGUGCCUCGUCAGGGCCAGUCCGCCGAAAGUCAAAGUUCUAUCGAACUUGAGCAAGAAGAACUCGAAAAGGCCGCUAAAUUUAAGGCAAGGCCUUUGAAUAAAAAGAUAUUUGAAGGCAAAGGGGAACUGGGGAUCUCCUGUCAUGAAAAGAAACAGGUAACUAUACCCCAAGAAUUCCAUUUUGCAACAAAUGAGAGGAUACCAGCAGCAGCAGCUGUUGUUAAUUUAUUUGACAAGCUUUCCCUGAAAUCAGAACCUCGCCAUGAUCCGAUUACAAAAUACACAAUUCCAAAUCCAUUCCAUCUCCAUACCGAGAGCCUAAGCCAUCCACAAGACCAGAACCUGUUGGAGAGUCUGGUUAGGCACGAGGAAGAAAUGCAGAGGGAGAUGGAAGAGAGAUGGAGGAAGGAGAAAGAGGAAGCUCAAAUGAGGUUGUUCAAAGCACAGCCAAUUCUGAAAGAGGACCAAAUUCCUGUUCCAGAGAAAGUGCGCAAACCUCUGACUCAAGUUCAGGAACUCCAUGUAGAUCACCGUGCUGUGGAUAGAGCAGAAUUUGAUCAAAGGAUAAAGGAGAAAGAGAUGAUAGGAAGAGAAGGCAUUGAAGCAAUUGAGAAGGACAAUGGUUCCGCAUGCAAGACCUGUCCCAAAAUUUGGAAAUCCUUUCUGCCCACAGAAGUCUACCAAGGAAACUACAAGGCCAAAAUCACCAAAUCUACGUGUUCUUCGAAGAAAAGAACAAAGAAAAACGGUGGGUUCACUCACUGCAACUUCCAGCCCUGCCACUCUUCUGAGAUGGUUUGGGUUUCAGAUCUAUAAACACGGUUAGGAGGGGCCAUUCAAGAACUCUUUGAACAUCUCUGUAUAAGAGUUGCGUUUCUUGUACAACAUCUUUUUAUUCUUUGAAGGAGUUUAAGCCCUCCACUUUGUUUCAGAAUUCAGAACAAUAACCAUUUUGACAAUACCUGUGUACUGAUUCCGAUUCAUCAGACUCAAUCAUGUAAAGUUCUUACUUAGAAUGAAAAAUGAAGAUGACUUUUGAGU